AUCUGUUAAUCUUUGGUAAUGCUAUAAACAGGUUAUUGAGGUUAUAAAAGCUCUGUUUUUAAAGAACACAAGCUCAUUCUGUAAAGUAGUAUAAAACCGAAAAUAUCAAGAAGUACUUCUACUUUUGAGUGAUUUUUAGUUUAAAGUUCUUUCAAGUAAAAUAUUUGCGCGUUCAUAAUGCCUAAGUACUAUUGUGAUUACUGUGAUACGUAUUUAACACAUGAUUCCCCAAGCGUACGGAAAACUCACUGUACUGGAAGGAAACAUAAGGACAAUGUUAAGUUUUAUUACCAAAAAUGGAUGGAGGAACAGGCUCAACACCUUAUCGAUGCCACAACAGCAGCGUUUAAAGCAGGCAAAAUUGCAAAUAAUCCAUUUGCACAGCCAGGAAAAGGAGGAGUUGCUAUUCCACCUCCAGCUCAGCUCUUAGGACAGAGACCAGGUGCACCACCGCAGGGCCCAGGAAUGAUUCCACCAGGAGCUAUGGGACCUGGGGGACCGAUGCCUCCGAUGGUGAUGGGCCCUCAUGGACCUAUGCCACCUAUGAUGGGGAUGAGGCCACCAAUGAUGGGAAUGAUGCACAUGGGUCCAAUGGGACCCAUGGGACCUGUUAGGCCGCCAAUAGCUCCCAAAUAAGUUUUGAUUCUGUGUAUAGUUUUAUAU